GCGUUGAUAGAUUUAACAUCAAAAGGAGAGCAAAAUCUAUGAUUUCCAAGCAAUCGCCUAUCCAUUUGUAUAGAUCAAUUAACUGUUCCCACCCGUGUCAAAGUGUCAAAAACGAAACUCACGAUCACGAAAUUAUCGAUUUCAAGUCCUGUAUGAACAACUAUCAAAAAGAUUCAUAAGCGACUAAACCUACAACACUACUAAUUUGCUUCUGAAUUAUCAAAUGAAUUGUCAAACUAAUCAGCUUAUAUAGGACAAGGUAUAGAAAAGAUAUUAUAUAUUCAAUAUUCUUAAAAAAUUCAAAAAUGGCAAUCACUCCUCUGCAGUUGUUUACGAGUUAUAAAAAAUGGGUCGUUAAUAAUCCAGGAAUUGUAACAGAUUUGGAAACAAUAACAACGUGGUCAUCAUACUUUAUUGCUGGGAAAAUAAAUAAAUCGCCCAUUGUAUCAGAACUUGUGUACACUCUUUCGAAACUUAUUUCGUUAUUUAACGAUAGACUCAUAAGAGAUGCUUAUGAUGGUGAAUUUCAGCAUUAUGGAUUUAGAGAUCAGGUGAAGCUUUGGCUAACUAUUGUACAUUAUUGUGAAGUAUUCAUAGAACUCACUGUCAAGAACAAAUGGGGAAAUCGUGGGAAGUGGGUGGCUACAUCACUUCUUCAAACUUUUAAGUGCUGCUCCGCCUUAAUUCUGUUGUAUCGAUUUAAAGAAUUACCAAUUCAACAUCCUCCAAUACCAGCUUUACAAAGAAAGAAAUUCACUGAAGAAAGAGAAUCAGAUGAUAAUGCAAACUCUUACUUUACACUAAAAAGAUCUGGUCGUGUUCUUCGACGGGUUGAUGGUGCUCCACCGAUCGCGUUACGUGAUUGGCAACGUGUUAAAAUCAAAGACGAUAAAACUAACAAUACAGAAGUAAAAGACUUGGUCAAUGCUGAAUUGUUGUAUAUUUUAAGACCAAUGGUACAUCUUGCUGCUAUGCGUGUGUUUGGGACAACGGCUUGGAAACAGUGGUUAGUAGCAUUAGGCUUAGAUUUAGCGAGUUUUAAACUUUAUAACCGUAAUAUGAAGGAGUUAACUUAUGAACAACGAAUAGAAAUUAGCCGUAGGAAGUUGGGUUUUAUUCUUUAUUUGUUGAGAAGUCCUAUGUAUAAUGGCUAUUCCAAACAUGUGAUAGAAAAUGUUCUUACUUCUUUGUCAAAUAGAAUUCCUGCAAUGUCAUUUGUUUGUGAUCCCAUUAUCCGAUACUUAAGUCACUGGCAAGAUAUUUACUUUUAUAUGUGGGCAUCGUAAAUGUUUAAUAUUGUGUAAGUAAUAAGACUUCUUCAUAUGUUAUUUGAUUGCCAAAGUGUUUGCUGAUAUAUUAUUAAACAUUUUUUAUUAAUACUUAUCCUAUAAAAUGAAAAUAAAAUCUAACGAAAACAAAUGAUUAAAAAAACAGUUCUUCCUAAUGAAUGAUAUCUAAUCUUUCAUACAAUUUAUUGUCACCUCAUUUUGAUGUACUCCAGCUUUUGUAUAUUGAAAAGUUGUUCGGCAAAGUACAUACAAGUUUUACUAUCUCAAUCUUUUGGAGAACAUUGAUGUCACCUGUAGUGGUAUUUUAGAAAUAAAUGUAAAACAUUCGAAAUUCGAAAAUGUAUAAUUGUAUCAAUAAGAUAUUAGUAAAAUCAAUAUUUACGCAUACCCUAAGCCUUGUUGAUGUUUAAAAUGUACCUAGACUUCUUCCUUUCCAAUGAUUCACAAUAUUAUGUACUAUUUUAAGUAUUAAUGUAACAUUUAAUGGGCAUGUAAGGUUUAUUAUUUGAUAGUGUAAUAUAUGGAAAUAAAGGAUAAGGGAAACUUUGUAUUUUGUAUAUUGGGAUUUUUAAUUGCAUUUGUAAUGAGCUAUUGUAGAUUUUUAUUAAAAUUUGAUGAUUUGUAAAAUGUUUGUUCUUUAUAAUUCAAUUCAUGACUUGCAAAUGCUAACAUACAUAGGAAAAAAUUGUCAGCAUUGAAAAAGCCUGCUCCAUUAACAAAGUGCCAAAAUGUAUAGGAAUGAAUAUGUGACAAGUAUGUGAAUUAUCAAAUGUUAUUGUUGUUGGAUUCGGAAGGUGGAGGACCGCAUUCAUGGCAUCGGAGAAGGCCUAUGCCCAGCAGUGGGCAAACAAAGGCUGAUGAUGAUGAUGAUUGUCAGUUCCAUACAUUUUUGUAUAAAAGUAAUGUUAACGGCAGACAAUCUAGGGACACAUUUGUCAACUUCCCUUUAAAACUAGAUUCAAUUAGAACAUCAGUUACAGGACAAUCUUAUCUAAGGGUGCGACCCAGCAUUGGGCCUUGGAGAUUGUUUUCCAAAAAGGUAAAGACAUGAUCAGUAUAAAAUUUGGUGCUACAGGUUUAUUAAAAAGAAUAUUUUAAUUCUGAUAAUAUUUAUUACUUAUUAAAAUUCACAUAAUAGACACAAACUAAAAUUACAAAGCCAAUGAACCAACACUAUUACAUUCAAUCUUAUGGCUAAAGCCGAAAUAUAUUAUUUUCUAUUAAUUUUAAACAACUAAAUUUUUAUACAUAAUUUAAAAAUUUAGUUUGUACAUAGAAAUGUAAAAAUAAAGCUUAAACAAUAAUGAUGUACUAACUAUUAUAAAUAACAUUUACCGCCGCCAAACAGCUUCGAGGGGGUUAUAUUGGCAAAUCAGCAGUUGACAUUCUCCACACACAGACAACAGAUGGCUUCUAUCAUUGAAAGCAAUACAUGUAUGGCCAUACAAAUGAGAAAAUUUAAUAAAGUGAGCUUUUAAACAUCAAGCAAUAAAUUCAUGAUAAAAACUAUUAGGAAUAUGUCUUGAAUUUAUCGCAAUUAAGAUUUGUAUAGCCAUAUGACAGUAUAAAAGAAAUAUACCAUAAUCAAGUUUAGAAAAAAUACAUCACAGAAUGUUUUAUUUCAGAAAAUUUAUACCCGUUAAUGUAGAUCCGCUGUAUAAUUAAAUAUUCAUCAAUAAUAUUAACUAUAAACUAUCAGAAAUGUUGCCCAUGGCAACUAAUAAUAAUUUUAAGCUAAAUAUACGUUAUACAUUUUUAUAUAAAUAUCUCAAAAAUAAGCAAAUUCAAAUAGCCCACACUUACAUUUUUUGCAAUAGCAACUAAUAAGUUUUCAUCAAAGACUUUCACAUACAUGGAUAAAC